AUGUCUCAGACUGUGAAGGUGGUGUUGAUUUGCGAAAUUCUUCGUGAAAACUUACAUUUAACGAGAAACUGUAAACUCCUCGUCGCCUCCGACACGUCUACAAGCACUUACAGGAUGAAGGCUAUUGCGUGCCUCGUCACUAUUUUGCUCACCUACAACUUCACACCCGUCUAUGGAAAAGUGGUUAAAGACAAAGACGAGCCAGCUCGAACCAAAAGAUGCAUCGGUAUUAUGUGCUGCAUCACUGGAGGCACUUCAAGCGCUGGAUGUAGCACCGGCUAUAGCAGCGGCUACACUGCGGCUGCUCCGGCUGCAGCGGCGAGUUACGCUGCACCUGCCGCUACAUCUUAUGCUGCCCCUGCACCCCAGCCGUGUCCUACGCAGCUCCUGCGGCUACAUCUUACGCUGCUCCUGCAGUUUCGACUAGCUACGCUGCACCAGCCGCCACCAGCUAUGCGGCUCCCGCUGUGUCCACUAGCUAUGCAGCCGCUCCAGCCGCCACCACCUCUGUAUCUUACAGCACCUCGUCUUCACAAUGUUGUUGUGUGUCGUGCUGCGUAG